AUAAAAUAAAAACUUUCACAUUAUUUUAUCUAUUUAUCAUCAUCAUAAUAUUACACAUUCAUGACAGGAUCCCAUUUGUUAUUAACAAGUAGUGAUUACUCCAAUACAAUUUAAUAAUUGAUUAAUUUCCCACAACUAAUUCAAGAAUCCAUAAAAAAUAUUCAUUUUUCUUCUUUUAGCACAUAAUUUAAUAUUAUUACAUAUAUUUCUUUUUGCACCAAACUAUAAUUACAUAUCAAAAACCCUUUUAAUAAUAAUUAAAAAAAAAACACUUAUUCUCAAACAAAAGAUUAAUGACUGCAAGUGCAAGCUACGCUAAAGAAUCAAGAAACACUCCUCCCAUGGUUAAAUUCGAAGCCACUCCUUCUCGAAGCUCCGUCUCUUCUUCACCUUCUUCUUGGUCAGAGCAUAGUAAUUUUCCACCUACAUUUAUCGGAGCUGAUCAUUGUAUAAACCUCGUACCGUUUUCCAAUCACGGACACCAUGAUUUUCGUAGUCGAAAAGUGUCGUUUUCGGGUUGUUUGAAUGCGUCUCCAAAACCAUGGGAUAGGUUGAAGCUGUGGUGGAGUUGUUUUCCUCUCAUGGCUUGCCAGGAAACUGAUUUUCCAGGUCCUGUUUCAUUGGAAGAUAGAAACAAGAAGUUUCCAGGACAACAAAAGAGUGGGGAUAAAAAUGAAGCAGAGAUCUCUGUGCUUCACAAAAUGCUCGAUAAGCUGCAGCGUCGACAGAGCAACGAUUCGUCUCUCACUAUGCUUUCGAAUUCUUUGCCUCCUAAAAUGAAAGAGUUGCUGUCUGAAUUAGAAAUGGUGGAAAACGAGAUAACGAGACUGGAGUGCCAGAUCAGCCAGCUCAAAUCCGAAGAGAAACACGAAAAGGAAUCCCACGUGGAAUAUUCCAAGGCGAAACGAACGCUCGACUAUAAUAAUAAUGAUCACCACGAAUCGAACGAGAAGGUGGCGUUCGAUAUAAAGGCCCUGCAUUUCAUCACCAAAGCCAUAAAAGGAGAUUAUAAAGAGAAAUGUACGAACAACUCAUCGAAAAGAUUCUCAACUCGAAAUCGAAAAGAAGACGAAAAUGUGCCGUUUCAAGAAAAGGUCUUACGAAGAAACGGGACUGUGAAACCUUCCUCCCCGUCGACAGAGCCAAGGCAUCCAACCCCAUGGUUAGAUAUAAAAUUCCCCUCGACACCGUUACACACGGAGGAAGAGAACAUUCAAAGAUGGUCUCCGAAUAAGUUGUCUGAGAAUAUAAUGAAGUGUUUGGUAUUCAUAUUCGUGAGGCUGCUUCGAACAUCUAGAGCUAUAGAGUUGGAGAAAUCGGGCCCCAUUAUCCGGGCCUCGUCUAGCUUUUCCCUCAGCUUCAGGGCUGAAGCAAGCUCGAAUUCGAAAACGGGCCCCGCGUUUCAAAAGGAAUCUCGGCAGCGAGAUCCUUAUGGAAUCUUUGACUGUGAGGGAUCUAUACCGAGGGAUAUCGGUCCUUAUAAGAAUUUGGUUAGAUUCACUUCGAGCUCGGUGGACGCUAAGUGUAUCAAGAAUUCGAGCUAUGUUCCAUUGUUUCAGAAAUUGAAGGUUCUGAUGGACGGUCUUCGGAGAGUUGACUUGAGGUUUUUGAGUCAUCGACAGAAGCUAGCCUUUUGGAUCAACAUGUACAAUGCUUGCAUCAUGCAUGGAUUCCUCCAAUAUGGAGUUCCAUCUGUUUCUAGCCCUGAGAAGCUGCUAACACUAAUCAACAAGGCAACUCUGACUAUCGCCGGUAGCUCAAUCAACGCUCACGCAAUCGAACGCUUUAUUUUGCGGAAACCAUCCGAUUCGCCGGACAAAGAGAUUAUGGGGAAAGGAGGAAAGGACAAUAAGCAGAUGCUAGUUCAUCAACUAUACGGACUAGAGACACCUGAUCCAAAUAUCGUGUUCGCCUUAUGCUGCGGCACUCGUUCCUCUCCGGCAGUGAAGAUAUACACGGCAGAAGGUGUGACAGGCGAACUCGAAAGAUCGAAACUCGAGUACCUACAAGCUGCAAUAAUGGUGAAAAGCAACAAAAGGAUCGGAAUCCCGGAGCUUGUGCUGAAGAACAGGCACGAUUUUGCAGAUCAUGACGUGGACUCGUUGAUGGAGUGGCUGUGCCGACAGCUGCCUACUUCCGGAACUCUCCGGAAAUCGAUUGUCGAUUGUUUUAGGGGGCGGCGUGGUGGUGGUGGUGGUGAUAAGGCAUAUUCCGUUGUUGUUGAGAAUAUACCUUAUGAAUUUGAGUUUCAAUACCUUUUGGCCAUAUGAUGAUCAAUCUAAUUAAUAAGUUUGUAUGUUGAUGGUGCAAAUUUUGCGCUUUCAAGACCUCCCGUUGAACUCAACCCACUCGAUCAUCGGAGAAUUCACCCGACAUCGGAUCUAGGGCCGGCGGUGCAGAAUAAGUCACCGGAAAAUUCAAGAGAGUAUAUUAUUAAUGUUAUAUUGUAACCUAAUAGGGUUUUUCAUUUAGAGAAUUAUACAUAGCUAUUUC